GCUCAGCAAAAGUAGUCACUUCGAAAUCUUCGAUGCCGAUGGACAUGAUUCUUCAAAAGAUUUAAGGAAAGCAAUAGAGAAUGAAGAGUUUUAUUAUCCAAUCCGGACUCAUCAAGCAAUCAACCUUUCAGUCAGUCUGUUAUCUGCGAUUCUUAUAGGUGCGCAUACGUAUUCGAAUUGUCAUAAACUCAUGCCGCAUGUCAUACACGAAGCUGUGUGUAUUAUUAAAAUAUAAAUAAAGAAAGAAUCUCUUUUCAUGGAGAAUAAGAUAGGUGUUGCCAUAUUAUACCUUCUGCUGAUGAACAUUUUUUAACGAUAAACAAGUGAAUACGUACAAGUUAUUUUCUAAUUGAUAAUUUGGAUAGUUCGGAGGAGACAUUAUAUAAGAAAUAAUGAUGAAUUCAAAGCAAGCAGAAAUAUGGCUGGCAGUGUUGUAUACCGGAUCCAUGAUAUCUUCCGUCACAUCUGUUAUAUCUCUGGUGACCACAUGGCAGAAUUGGGUAGUGACAUUAGAUAGUUGCAUCGAUGUUGAUUGCGGGUGUAUAUUAUACGGUAUCAAUACAUUUCGUACAUUUCUCGGCGGCGACGAGAAACUAUGCCACUUCGUCGCGUACGCUCUCAUACCCAUCAUAGUAAUCAGCUUGUGUCUUGGGGCCUAUCAUGGGUACAGAUGCUGCAUACAUAAAAAUUUAGACGAACCUAAGCAAAUUAAUCACGAACAAGUGUACAAUGACAGAAGAAAUCUUAAUGGAUAUGUUGUGAUCCAUGUAAAGAAGAGAGUUGCUUUUAAGAGAUGGAUGCCUAUCGGUUUUCUCGCAGCGCUUGUCUGCUGCCUGUCUCUCGCCCACGCAGUCGUGAUAACCGACGGCUACUAUAAAACUUGCGAACAAUAUAGACGAAAUCUCAUUCAACUCUUGGGUUCGACAGGCCGCGAAAUUUUAGCAAUUCAUAAUAGAUUAUCGUGCGGCGCGAUUUUCGAUUUCAUGGAUUAUGUUCAGCCAGAUAAGAAUCAUUGGAGUCGCACCGAGAUGAAUACCGGGAUUGCGCUUCAACUCGCAAUAUACACAAGCUGGUUCAAUUUUGUCGUUUGGAUAGUCGCGUGUUCUAUAAACUUCAUCAUGGCGAGGAAAAGGCAGCGCAAUUUAGGGGAAAAAUUUUGUUGCUGUUGACAUCCUUUAUAAAAUUAAUUAGUGACAAAUUCUUGACAGUUUUGGUAAAAUAUAAUAAAUAAGGAUGUCCUCUGAAAAAAUAUAACAAGAUAUG